GCCUGGCCAUCAUUCUCCGCCUCCCUCCCUCCAUUCCGAUUCAGACCAAGAAUCCACCAACAUCAAUCGCCCAUGGCCGCAGCAGCAGCCCACCGGAACAACAAGCGCCGCCGCCUCUCCCUGGCUCCCGGCCCCACCUCCGCCACCGCGCCCCCUCUGGACUCGCUCGCCGACGAGCUCCUCUUCCUCGUCCUCGACCGCGUCGCCGCCGCCGACCCGCGCGCGCUAAAGUCCUUCGCCCUCGCCUCCCGCGCAUGCCACGCCACCGAGUCCCGCCACCGCCGCCUCCUGCGCCCGCUCCUCGCCGACCUCAUCCCCGCCGCGCUUGCCCGCUACCCGUCCGCCUCCCGCCUCGACCUCUCCCUCUGCGCGCGCGUCCCCGACGCCGCCCUCGCCGCCGCCCCAUCCGGAUCAUCCCUCCGCGCCGUCGACCUCUCCCGCUCAUGGGGGUUCGGCGCCGCGGGCCUCGCCGCGCUCGCCGGGGCCUGCCCGGACCUCGCCGACCUCGACCUCUCGAAUGGGGUCCAUCUUGGGGACGCCGCGGCGGCCGAGGUGGCGCGGAUGCGGACCCUCCAGAGGCUGUCUCUCUCGCGCUGCAAGCCGCUCACGGACAUGGGGCUCGGCUGCGUCGCCGUCGGCUGCCCCGACCUCAGGGAACUCUCGCUCAAGUGGUGCCUUGGGCUCACCGAUUUGGGGCUCCACCUCCUCGCCCUCAAGUGCAAGAAACUCACCAGCCUGGAUCUCUCCUACACCAUGAUCACAAAAGAGAGCUUUCUUGCCAUCAUGAAGCUACCCAAUCUCCAGGUGUUGACACUGGUGGGGUGUAUUGGAAUUGAUGAUGAUGCUCUUGGCAGUCUUGAAAAAGAAUGCAGUAAAUCACUACAGGUUCUUGAUAUGUCUCAUUGUCAGAAUAUCACUGAUGUGGGAGUUUCAUCCAUAGUGAAGUCAAUACCGAAUCUACUGGAACUGGAUCUUUCAUACUGCUGUCCUCAGGUUACUCCUUCUAUGGGGAGAAGUCUCCAAAAGAUUACUAAACUGCGGAUGCUGAAGCUGGAAGGCUGCAAAUUCAUGGCUGAUGGACUAAAAGCCAUUGGAAGCUCUUGUGUUUCUAUCAGGGAGUUAAGUCUGAGCAAGUGCUCUGGAGUAACAGAUACUGAACUCUCUUUUGCUGUGUCAAAACUAAAGAACCUGCUGAAGCUGGACAUCACUUGUUGUCGCAAUAUCACUGAUGUUUCAGUAGCUGCCAUCACUAGUUCAUGCACUUCCCUCAUCUCUCUGAGGAUGGAGUCUUGUAGCCAUGUUUCAAGUGGAGCACUCCAACUGAUCGGGAAGAACUGUUCUCACUUGGAAGAGUUGGACCUUACUGACAGUGAUUUGGAUGAUGAAGGGUUGAAAGCUCUCGCCGGAUGCAGCAAUCUCUUGAGCCUAAAAAUUGGUAUUUGCUUGAGGAUAAGUGAUGAAGGUCUGAUGCACAUUGGAAAAUCUUGCCCAAAACUCGGAGACAUUGAUUUGUACAGGUGUGGAGGCAUUAGUGAUGAUGGGGUUAUUCAGAUUGCUCAAGGCAGUCCAAUGCUAGAAUCUAUCAAUCUAUCCUACUGUACAGAAAUAACAGACCGUUCACUGAUGUCCCUCUCAAAAUGCACAAAGCUAAAUACAUUGGAGAUUCGUGGCUGCCCCAGGGUUUCAUCUGCUGGGCUCUCAGAAAUAGCAAUGGGUUGCAGGCUGCUUUCCAAGCUUGAUAUCAAGAAAUGCUUUGAGAUUAAUGAUGUGGGCAUGCUCUACCUUUCCCAGUUCUCUCAUAGCCUCCGUCAGAUAAACUUGUCAUACUGUUCGGUCACCGACAUUGGACUUCUUUCACUUUCUAGCAUAUGUGGCUUGCAGAACAUGACCAUUGUACAUUUAGCGGGUAUUACACCUAAUGGCUUGACAGCUGCUCUCAUGGUCUGUGGUGGUUUGACAAAAGUGAAGCUUCAUGAAGCAUUCAAAUCCAUGAUGCCUCCUCAUAUGCUAAAAAAUGUUGAGGCGCGGGGUUGUAUUUUCCAGUGGAUCAAUAAACCAUUUAAGGUUGAGGUGGAACCUUGUGAUGUGUGGAAGCAGCAGUCACAAGAUGUUCUUGUACGAUGAGAAGGCCUGAAGUGUGGCAAUUGUGGGAAGCAAAGGGCAUGCGCUGUGGCGAUGGAUGGAUUCUUGGCUGGCUUCGUUAUUGGAAGCAACAGUCACAAGAAGGGAAGCCUAAGGAACGAGCUAAAAUUUUUGUAGUGUAAUUGGCGAGGUACUGUGACAAUACUUCAGUAUGAAGAGAGGUAUGCUGAUGUUGUAUACUAGACAAGAGUAGCUUUUGUUUGGUUAAGUGUCCAAACCAGGGAGUAGGUCAAAAUUUUGUCAAACAAAAUCAGGAAGUUCUCGUUGUAUAUGUAUAGCAGCAUAUAGAGAUUAAUGGAAGAGAUUCAUAUUGAAGGGAUGAUUUUGGGUGAUGA